AUGGCCGAGACCUUCCGCGAGGUGGGCGAUGGUGAGCCGCGAUGCACCGAGACCUGGCCGGGAAGUGCCGGAGCAACGCGCCUCUCCAAGGAGGAGCUGACUGCAAACGCAGGCUUCGGCGAGGAGUGCCGCGCGAAGACGCCCUGCUACGAGGUGGCGGAGGAGGAGUUCGAAAGGCUCUGGCUCUCCGGGAAGGUGGAGCCCUCCGCAGAGGUGGAGGAUUCCUACGAGAUCUCGGAGGAAGACUUCGAGCGCCUGCUGAAGGCAGGGCAGCUGCAACUGGCGGGCAACGAGGAUCAGGCCGGCCCUCUGGGUGUCUCCGAAUUCGAGCUGAGCGACCUCUCUGCGCGCCGGCCGCUGAAGCGGCCUCGGCCGCGUGGAGAGGCCAUCGCGACUUCGGCGCCCAAGCCGAUGCCACCAUCUACCGCCCCGAUCCCUUCUAGGCGUUGCUCAGAGCCCACGCGGCCGCAGACGGUGUGCGAGGGCCGGAAGGCGCUAGCUGCCUACCAUCUGCUUGAGAGGAACCUCUGGAGUAGCGAGGCGAUGCCACGGGCUGCUGGCAGCCCCGCCAGGCGAGCAUCUCUGGGUCCGUGGUGCCGUUGA